AUGGCACAAAUCAAAGACUUAAACGCCCAUGAGCGGCCCCCAGAGGCCGUCAAGCAGCGUUACAAGCAAUACCAGAAAUCCACACUUACAGACAUAAACUCGGAUUCUAGCAUUCUUGAUGUCCAGGCCUUAGAUGCAAAUCGGCUCCCGGAGGAUGUUUCCCUCACGCACUGGAUCUCCGGCAAGGAUCUCCAGCCUGUAUUCGAUGAGUUUCUGGGGACAAGCAAGGAAGCGGAGGGGUUGAUGAAUGCGAAAGAUAUCCCUGUCUUCUCUCAUCGUUCCGUGACUGGUCUCCAAAUAAUCCCCUCCCUGCUCCCACCGGCCGUACAAAUAGAACUACUAUCGCGCCUCUUCCACCGAGACCUGAGCAACCCCCGCCACCAAACCAACCUCCACCUACACUACGAGAUGACGUAUCCCAGCAAGGGGAUGACCGAUUCCAGCGUCGUAGAUUCCCGUCGCACGCAAGAACCGCCGCCAACGCCGCCGUCCUUCUUCGUCGACGACCCGGCGCGAGUAAUCCACCCGAAGGACGCAAACGUGCACAAGCCGCUGACCGUGCAAAGCGUGCUCACGAAAAGGCUUCGCUGGGUGACCCUGGGCGGCCAGUACGACUGGACGGCCAAGGUGUAUCCGGCGGAACGGCCGCCGGAGUUCCCGCCGGACAUCGCGAAGCUACUGCACACCAUGUUCCCGGAGACCGAGGCGCAGGCGGCUAUCCUGAACGUGUAUUCGCCGGGCGACACGCUCAGCGCGCACCGGGAUGUUAGUGAGGAGUGCGAUGCCGGCUUGAUCAGCAUCAGCUUCGGGUGUGACGGGCUGUUUCUGAUUAGCCAUGACGAUGGGGCGGGGUGCGAGAUUAUCAGACUCCGUUCUGGCGAUGCGGUGUAUAUGGAUGGCACAUCCCGGUUUGCUUGGCAUGCCGUGCCGAAGAUCCUGCCGGACUCGUGUCCUGCGUGGCUGGCUGACUGGCCUAGUAUGGCGGGGAAUGCAGGUGCCGCGCAGUACGAGACGUGGAAGGGGUGGAUGUCGGGGAAGAGGAUCAAUUUGAAUGUGCGGCAGAUGAGCCUUGGUCAGCCUCGUUCGUGAUCCUGUCGGUCAAUCAGCACGCGCAACAAUACCAGAGCAUGACCUUUGUGGGUAAUGUUUGGUAGGCGAUGACCAAAACUAGGCCGUUCGGCCGGAGUUCCCAGGCUAGAUGGAGAAGUGCGCAAGUGACUUGAACCGCCACAUGGGCUAUUGCUACCUCGCCGUGGGCUCACAGCUGGCUCGUGCUCGUGAGAUAUAAGGCGUCCGCCGCAGCUCCUCUUCCUCACAGUGUGACAAUUCAUCGUCAACCUUAGGUCUCCCGCUUCUUCAGAAAGCGCCAAUUAUGCAUAGAAGACUUAUAAACUCACAAACAAUCACCUGCUACGACCUCAGCC